CUCCCGUUGUUUGUGUGUGUCAGUGUGUGGCUCAUUCGCUCUCUGUCUCUCUCUUUCUUUAAAAAAAAAAUCGAGUUUUUUUGCAUGUUAUUUUGUUUCAGUAGCUCGUAUUUAUUUGUACAGUGUAGGUUCGUAACCGCAACCUUCAGAAGUAAAAAUUGUAGGGUAUAACUGGAGCUUGCAUUUUUUGUGUUUCGCGAAUGCGUCGUCGUCGUUGACGCCGUCAAAUAUAACAUUUUGGAGCUAAAAAAUAUAUAAGUUCUGCCGUUAAACCAGCAGCUGUACUGCUACUUGUUUGUACACACAACAGCAAACCGUAACAAGAAGAAAAAAAAGAAGCUGGAGACGGGGGGGCUGAUUAUUUAGGCUAGCGAUGUAAAAAUGGCGUCGUCCCAGGAUGCUUGGUACCUGUCGCUGCUUGGCCUGGCCGAGCACUUCCGCACCUCGAAUCCGCCGAGCAUCAAAUCUUGUAUCCAGUGUCUACAGGCGGUCUUUAAUUUUAAGCCUCCGCCGAGGGUCGAGGCGCGCACCCACCUGCAGCUCGGCAACAUACUCCUCACGUACACCAAAAACGCCGAUCUCGCCCGCACUCAUCUAGAACGAGCGUGGCAAUUGAGUCAAACGAUUAUUACGUUUGACGAUGUGAAAUUUGAAGCAGCUAGUGUAUUGGCAGAGCUUUACGAGCAACAGCAACAGUCUGGUCUAAGUCAAUCAAUUUUGCGCAAAGCAAUUGAACUUUCACAACACCAUGUCUAUUGGCACUGUAGACUUAUAUUUCAGCUUGCUCAAAUACACUCAUCAGAGAAAGAUUUGAAUGCGGCUGGAGGGUUGCUCGCAGUUGGUGCCGAUUAUUCACAAAUAAGCAAUGCAAAUUACACAAGAGUCUUGUUUCUUCUCAGUCGUUGUAUGCUACUAUUGAUAGAUAAAAAAUUCCCUGAAGCUUCACCAUUAUUGAAUUCAGUGGGGCAUCAAGUUGAAAACUGGCAAGGUAAUCCUCAUCAAAAAGAAUACCUAAAGGUGUACUUCUUGAUACUUCAAGUUUGUCAUUAUUUGGUAUCUGGGCAGGUAAAAAGCGUAAAACCAUGUCUAAAACAGUUACAGCAGAGUAUACAAUCGAUAAUGGCUCCAUCGUGGCCUAGCGAUGAUGUUGUUGUUGGUUCUAACGUAGGUGAUAUGUUUAUCUGGAUGCCAAAAGAGCAUCUAUUUAUUCUUGUAUACUUGGUGUCAGUGGUACAUUCAAUGCAAUCUGGUUACAUGGAUAAAGCUCAAAAAUAUACUGACAAGGCUCUUGUUCAAAUAGAAAAUUUAAAACUUAUUGAAAAUAAGCCGAUUCUAUCCGUCUUUCAAUUAAUAUUAUUGGAACAUAUAGUCAUGUGUCGACUUGUUAUGGGACACAGAGUUAUGGCUCUGUCUGAAAUAUCUCAAGCUUGCCAAUUGUGCAGGCAGCAGCCCAAAUUGUAUCAAAGCCACAGAGCACAAUUACAUGUUUUGCUUGGCUUAUAUGCAAUGUCUAUGGACUGUACAGAUGCAGCACAAAACCAAUUGAUAGCAGCAUUAAAUGCAACGCAAGAACAAGAAUUGGUGACGUUUGCAAAUUUAAAUUUGGCAAUAGUAUACAUUAGAGCGAGAAAAGAUACCGAAUUGGCAACUUUGAUGGAAAGAGUGAAUCCAGAAUCUUUACCAUCUUUUUCGCAUUCCAUACGAGCUGCAGCAUAUUAUGUGCAAGGUCUCCAGGCAUUUUAUGGAGCUCGCUAUCAUGAGGCCAAGAGGUAUCUCAGAGAAACACUAAAAAUGGCAAAUGCAGAGGACUUGAAUCGAUUAACGUCGUGUAGUCUCGUCCUUCUUGGUCACAUUUUCCUUUCGUUGGGAAAUCAUAGAGAGUCUAUGAACAUGGUAACACCUGCUAUGCAAUUGGCUUCGAAAAUUCCUGAUGUCCAUGUCCAAAUAUGGGCUACAGCCAUAUUGAAAGAUUUGCAUAGGAUUUGUGCUGAUCAUGCUCGCGAAAAUGAAGCUUUCCAAAUGCAUCGUUCAUUUUCCACACAGAUACUUAACGAUCAGUUCCAAAGUACGCAAAGGAGUGAACAUACUCCGUUGCUUCAAUGGAUUGAUGGCCCGUUGCCGAUAUUACCAAAUACUUCGCCUGCUUCUUCAUCGCAGUCAAUGCGAUAAUGUACAGUCACACAUUUAUCAUUUUAUACUUUGCCCGUGAAUUUUAUAUAAAUAAUUUAUUUAUACUUGAGUUUUAAUUCAGAAAUUUGUUUUAGUAUCUUCUCUGGACUUUUAUAUUAUAACUUACAACAGCUUAUUGAACUCGAAUAACGUAUGAAAACAAAAAGUUAUUGAUAAAUAAGCGCGCUCGUGUAUAUAGAUAUGAAAUUAUUGCAGAAUAAAUUCAGAUAUUUUUUUAAAUAACCAUUUGCUACACUGAAUUUAAUGUGCAAUAUUUCAUUUACGUGGAAAGAAAAUGAAAGUUAUUGUAAAUUUUUUUUUUUUUAUAUAUACUUAUUUUGCUUGCACAAGCUGUAUACAUAGACUUUUUACCGCGGGUACCAAAUAUGUAUGAUACAAUUUUGGAGACAUCGGUCAAUUGCAAUUGUAUAGAGCUAUUGUAUAUUUUUAAUGUCAAGUGACAACAUUGUAAAUAAUGAAAUAUACAAAAAGUUGAUAUA